GAGGGAGCGAGCGAGGCUCGGACAGCGGCGGCGGCGCCCUGGCACCUCCAUGAGCCCGCGGCGGGCCCUCUCUCGCCCCCUCUCUCUCUGCCUGUGCCUGUGCCUGGCCGCGGCCGCGGCGCGCGGAGCGGCGCAGUCGGCUCUUGCCCCUGUUCUUUGCCUCUGGUUUUGUUGGUGAAGCUAUCACAGUGAUGUCUGCCUUCAACCUGCUGCAUUUGGUGACAAAGAGCCAGCCAGUAGCCCUGCGAGCCUGUGGGCUUCCCUCAGGGUCAUGUAGGGAUAAAAAGAACUGUAAGGUGGUCUUUUCCCAGCAGGAGCUGAGGAAGCGGCUAACACCCCUGCAGUACCAUGUCACUCAGGAGAAAGGGACUGAAAGUGCCUUCGAAGGAGAAUACACACAUCACAAAGAUCCUGGAAUAUAUAAGUGUGUUGUUUGUGGAACUCCAUUGUUCAAGUCAGAAACCAAAUUUGACUCCGGGUCAGGUUGGCCUUCAUUCCAUGAUGUGAUCAGUUCUGACGCGGUCGCAUUCACAGAUGACUUUUCCUACGGGAUGCACAGGGUGGAAACAAGCUGCUCUCAGUGUGGUGCUCACCUUGGGCAUAUUUUUGAUGAUGGGCCUCGUCCAACCGGCAAAAGAUACUGCGUGAAUUCAGCUUCCUUGUCUUUCACACCUGCAGCGAGCAGAGGUGCCACCGGAGGUGACGGCGGGGGCGGCCCCGGCCGGGCAGACAAGACAGAGCUGUAGAGUAAUAGAGAGUGAUGGAAACAAGUGUACUGAAUGCACAGCUGAUUAAAAAAUUUCAGAAUUGUC